AAUGGAAAUUAUUUCACUAAAACGAUUCAUUUUAUUGAUGUUAGCCACUUCAAGCUUGUUAACAUCAAACAUCUUCUGUACAGAUGAAUCAAGGAUUCCCAAUCUUUACAGCAAAAAGAAUUAUGACAAAUAUUCCGAGCCUAGAGGAGAUCUAGGCUGGGAGAAAGAAAGAAGUCUUACUUUUGAAGAAGUAAAAGAUUGGGGUCCAAAAAUUAAGAUGAAUACACCUGCCGUCAACAAAAUGCCACCCUCUGCAGCCAACCUGCCGCUGAGAUUUGGGAGGAACAUGAAAGAAGAAAGGAGCACUAGGGUGAUGGCCCACCUGCCUCUGAGACUUGGAAAAAAUAGAGAGGACAGCCUUUCCAGACGGGUCCCAAAUCUGCCCCAAAGGUUUGGAAGAACGAUAGCAGCCAAAAGCAUCACCAAGACCCUGAGUAAUUUGCUCCAGCAGUCCAUGCAUUCACCAUCUACCAAUGGGCUACUUUACUCCAUGACCUGCCAGCCCCAAGAAAUCCAGAAUCCUGGUCAAAAGAACCUAAGGAGACUGGGAUUCCAGAAAAUAGAUGAUGCAGAAUUGAAACAAGAAAAAUAAGAAAUCUGGAGCCUGUCCCUAAAGACGACUUAAAGCUGUAACCUGCAAAGAAAUCUAUGGUGAAGACAAAGAAUGAAGUCACUGUU